UUGAUCCAUUCCACUGCAUACGGCCGGCCACGAUCGAGACAAAGCGCAGCAAGCAAGGAGAGGAGAUCGAUCAUCCAUUGAUGGCGCCCGGCGGGCUUGUGCUCCUCGGCCUCCUUCUCCUAGUGCUAGUGGACGCGCUUGCCGCCGUCCACAUCGACAUCGCGGCCGCCCUCUUCCACUCGCACGACCACCUCGGCGGCAACAAGCAGCACAAGGACAAGUCUUCUUCUUCCUCCUCCGUGCCUUCAUGGCCGGACGGCAACGCCGCGACCUACCUUCCGCCGAAGCAGAAGGAGAAGGCUUCUCCUUCUUGGCCAGACGCUAACGCCGCGGAUUUCUUCGCGGAGGCGGCCAAGAAGGGGCUGCGGUCCUUUACCGGCGGGCGGGGCGGCUACAAGACGAUGACGACGGAGUUCCUGGACGCGCACAACCGGGUGCGGGCCAAGUACGGCGUGCCGCCGCUGCGGUGGAGCAAUAAGCUGGCGCGGUACGCGCGGCGGUGGUCGGACGCGCGGCGGUUCGACUGCGUGAUGAUGCACUCGGUGGGUUCACCCUACGGCGAGAACGUGUUCUGGGGCACCGGGUGGGACUGGAAGGCCGUGGAGGCCGUGGGCGACUGGGCCAGCGAGUCCUCCUUCUACGACUGGCGGGCGCAGGCCUGCCACCCGGGCCAGGUCUGCGAGCACUUCACGCAGAUCGUCUGGCGGACCACCAAGUACGUCGGCUGCGGCCGGGCCGAGUGCCUCGCCGGCGGCGUCUUCAUCACCUGCUCCUACGACCCGCCCGGGAACUGGAAGGGAGAGGUGCCGCUCACCUAAUUAUAAUUAAUUAAUAGUAGAAGCCCAUUUGCCUCUUUAUAUUGGGCUGGGCUGGGCUGGGCUUGGACUACACCUCUAAUUUUCAUUUUCUUUUUUUAUUAGCCAGCUAGCUUGUCUUAAUUUACUCGACUUUUUUUACUUAAUUUACUCGAUUUGGGACUAGCAUUUUUUGAUCUGCCAGGCUCUACACUGUGUAAUAUCUUUGGCCCGCGACACUCAAUUUUAGCUUUCAGUA